AUGGCAGCUAUCAAACUCCUCUCCUGCGGGCUACGGCUCUAUGCCUCCACCCGCAGCAGCUCGGGAGGCGCCUGGUCCAAGGGAAGUGUGAGCUACUUCUCUAUCAGUACUCGUCGCCACACCAAAUUUUAUACAGAUCCAGUAGAAGCUGUCAAAGAUAUCUCUGAUGGGGCAACGGUUCUGAUUGGUGGCUUUGGGCUCUGCGGAAUUCCAGAGAAUCUUAUAGGAGCUUUAUUAAAGACUAGAGCUAAAGGAUUAACUGCAGUCAGCAAUAGUGCAGGGGUUAGUAACUUUGGAGUGGGUCUUCUACUUCGAUCCAAGCAAAUCAAACGCAUGGUCGCUUCAUACGUCGGAGAAAAUGCCGACUUUGAACGGCAGUUUUUAUCUGGUGAAUUAGAAGUGGAGCUGACACCUCAGGGCACCCUUGCAGAGAAAAUUCGUGCCGGUGGUGCUGGAGUUCCUGCGUUUUACACCCGCACAGGGUACGGGACCCUGGUUCAAGAAGGGGGAGCACCCAUCAAAUACAACAAAGAUGGCAGCAUCGCUAUUGCCAGUAAGCCCAGGGAGGUGAGAAAGUUUAAUGGUCAGCACUUUAUUUUGGAAGAAGCAAUUACAGGGGAUUUUGCUUUGGUGAAAGCCUGGAAAGCCGAUCGAGCAGGAAACGUGAUUUUCAGGAAAAGUGCGAGGAAUUUCAACCAGCCGAUGUGCAAAGCUGCAGAAACCACAGUGGUAGAGGUUGAAGAAAUUGUGGAUGUUGGAUCAUUUGCUCCAGAAGACGUCCACAUUCCUAAGAUUUAUGUCCAUCGCCUUAUAAAGGGAGAAAAAUACGAGAAAAGAAUUGAGCGUCUAACAAUCCGGGAGGAAGGAGAUGGAAAAAUCAAAUCUGGUAAACCUGGAAGUAAUGUAAGGGAACGGAUCAUCAAACGAGCAGCUCUUGAAUUUGAGGAUGGCAUGUACGCUAAUUUGGGUAUAGGAAUCCCUCUUCUGGCCAGCAACUUCAUCAGUCCAAAUAUAACUGUUCAUCUUCACUGUGAAAAUGGAGUCCUGGGUUUGGGUCCUUAUCCAUUUCAACAUGAAGUUGAUGCAGAUCUAAUCAAUGCAGGCAAGGAAACAGUUACUGUUCUUCCGGGAGCCUCUUUUUUCUCCAGCGAUGAGUCAUUCGCAAUGAUUAGAGGGGGACAUGUCAAUCUAACAAUGCUAGGAGCAAUGCAGGUUUCCAAAUAUGGUGACCUGGCUAACUGGAUGAUACCUAGAAAGGUGGUGAAAGGAAUGGGAGGUGCUAUGGAUUUAGUGUCCAGUGCCAAAACCAAAGUGGUGGUCACAAUGAAGCAUUCUGCAAAGGGAAAUGCCCACAAAAUCAUGGAUAAAUGUACAUUCCCCCUGACUGGCAAACAGUGUGUCAACCGCAUCAUUACAGAGAAGGCUGUGUUUGAUGUGGACAGUAAGAAAGGGCUGACUCUGAUUGAGCUCUGGGAAGGCUUGACAGUGGACGAAGUACAAAAGUGCACUGGGUGUGAUUUUGCUGUUUCACCAAAACUCAUGACAAUGCAGCAAGUCACAACUUGA